AUGUCAUACGCACUCUCUACGCCUGAGAAGGUGGCUUUGUACAUGCGCCUGGUGUUUAUAGCCCCUUGGCAGAUUCUGUUCUCUGUAAUUCGAGUAUUGGUCAUCACUCAAAUUCGACGAAUCCCAGCGUCUUUGUUCCUCGUGUCCGCCAUUUUGAAGAUUGUGCUGGGAACUCUCUCCCCGCGCCAAAUCCAGUACUUAUCUUCUUCUACAAGAGAAACAUACAAGUUGUGGAUACAGAAAAAGAAAGCAGCCGAAACUGACCUAGGCACUACGAAUGUGCUUUCUUAUGAUAUAGAAUUCUUGGAGUCUGAUGCAACACUUCUGUGGGUCGGAAGUCGCCACGUGGCUAAAAAGAUCGUCCUUUUCUUUCACGGCGGAGGAUAUGUUGCCCCAUUACUCCCCGGCCAUUUGGAAUGGUGUUGGAGGACGUAUGUGGCUGCAGGUCGGGAGACGGACAUCGAGGUGGCAGUCGCCAUUUUGGAAUAUCAAUUGUGCCCUAAGGCAAAGUAUCCCGACCAAUUACGCCAGGCCGUAACAGCACUUUCACAUACAUUAAGUCGAAACAUCCACCCAAGAAAUGUUAUCAUCGGCGGGGAUUCUGCGGGCGGGAAUCUAGCAGCGCAGGUACUCUGCCAUCUGGUUGAGCCGCAUCCAUCAGUCCCCGAACUGAUCAUAUCUGAGCCUCUGGGAGGUGCAUUUCUUGUGUCUCCGUGGCUGUCUCAAUCUACGAAGGAUCCUUCAUUCUUGAAGAAUUCAUCUAUCGAUAUGCUUUCGGCCAAAACGGUGGACAAAUCAACAAAGGAGCUACUUCCGGACGGGCAUGGCUCUCUGAGCAAGCUUGCUUUCCCCCUUGAUCGCGACAGGGUUUGGCUGAAAAGACUUGGUUUAGUCUUGAGUCAUAUGUACGUUACGGUCGGAAGUCACGAGGUGUUUCUAGAUCAGGUGGAAGUAUUUGUCGAUGAGGUACGGCGUGUGGAGUGUAUGCCGUCACUACGGUAUGACUUGCAGAUAAAGCAAGCGCACGACUUUAUCUUGCUUGAGGGCCAGAGAAAUGAAGAUGGGGAGUGCAUUCAGUCUAUGAGAGUGUGGAUGAAGGAUUGGCUGAUGAAGAAGAUUUAA